GUCCCUAACGACUUCCCGUCGAGUACGUAUCAUCCCGGAAGAUUUAACUUUCUCCUGACACGUAGCAACCUAGCAACCGCAAUCAAGUUGGCAGGGCUUUGGGUGUAUUUGCCACGGUGAGAGAUGUCAGGGUUUGACAACUUCAACACAGACUUUUACCAGUCCAGCUACAGCGUAGAUGACCAAAGCCAGGGCGGCUAUGGCUACAGCAACACUGAAAAUCCCUACAACAAACAAUAUGGUCAGUACGACUACUCCCAGCCCGUGGGCUACUCUUCGCCAGGUGUGAUGCAGCCCCAACAGCCAUACACGGGACAAAUCUUCCAGCCCACACAGACUUACACGCCAUCCCCAUCGCAAUCCAUGUAUAGUAACAGCUUCGAUGAUGAGCCACCGCUGCUAGAAGAAUUAGGAAUCAACUUUGACCACAUCUGGCAGAAGACACUGACAGUGCUUCACCCAAUGAAAGCAGCGGAUGGCAGCAUCAUGAAUGAGACAGACCUGGCGGGCCCUAUGGUCUUCUGUUUGGCCUUUGGAGCAACACUGCUCCUGUCAGGUAAGAUCCAGUUUGGCUAUGUAUAUGGUAUCAGUGCAAUUGGCUGCCUUGGCAUGUACUGCCUUCUUAACCUGAUGAGUAUGACGGGCGUCUCCUUCGGCUGUGUGGCCAGUGUGCUGGGAUACUGCCUCCUUCCCAUGAUCAUCCUCUCCAGCUUUGGAGUAAUCAUCUCUUUACAGGGCAUGAUGGGGGUAAUAAUAACAGCAGCAAUCAUUGGCUGGUGCAGUUUCUCGGCCUCAAAGAUCUUCAUCUCAGCAUUGGCCAUGGAUGGACAGCAGCUGCUGGUUGCUUACCCUUGUGCUCUCCUAUAUGGGGUUUUUGCACUCAUCUCUGUCUUCUAAAAAAAAAAUCAUUUUGUAACAGUUAAAAAUAACUGCUCCCAAGUUUCUGUAAUUUCAGUCUAUCUGGUGUCAGUGUAAUGAGUGUAAUUAUUGGCUAAUUACACUGUUAUCACAGAGAAAUAGGAGCUGCUGUCGAAAAUGGCACCAAGGGUUUUUUUUUUCUGUUAUAAGCCUCCACCUCUCACUACACUCUGACUUAACCACAAGCAGGCUUGAGUGUAAGGUCUCUUUCAUGUCUAAUCUCCAUCUUGGUCCCUUCAUGCAUUCUAAAGGAGAAGGGUGUCGGAUAAACCUGGUGAAAAAUAACUCCACCCUCCGCUGUGUUGAGCCUUAAACGGCCUAGUACGGCCCUAAUGAUUUAAAGGACAUGAAGUAGAAGCAGUGAGCCGUAAGUUCACACAAUGGAAACUCAAAGAGACAGUGUAAUUUGGACACAGACAGGUUCUCACUUUCCAAGAAGGACUGAUAACCAACCCUGCAGCCUAAUUUGCACCCAAUGGAAACACCACAUAUCAUGAGUUUUGCUGAAUCUGUUUUGAGCCAUUUCUGGCAAACAUCAAUAUAUUCUACAGACUGCAAGACAAAGGGAAACACCCACUUUCAUUCUUCACAAGAUUACAGUAGCCCCUUUGCAGAAAGGGCAGAGGUAAAAGGGGGUGUCUCUUCCUCAGUGUCUUCUUUUCUUCAAGACUGAGGAGUCAUGAAUCCACUCAGUUUCUCAUCACAGCAGUGAUCUGAGCUUUGAUGUAAAAUCAGCAGCCUUUCUAUAUCUUCUCGCAUAUGGUUUUAUUGUAUUCUCUUGGAAUUUAUUUAAGCUUUGCUUUUGAAGAAGACAAAAAUACAGAACCCACAAAUAUUCUAAUUCAAAAUCGAGCUAAACUGAUUAGAUCUAGAGAACAAGACUCGGAGAAAUACUGCGUCUAGUCACAGGUAUGCCAUUAUAGGUUGUUCCUAUAGGUUGCAUCCAUUACAUUUCUUAAAAUGAGUCAGUUCACUUUAUAUGCUUUGAUGUGUGAUCUGUUGUUCAAGACUUCUCAUGCACAUUAAAUUUUUUUUCUUUUGAA